AUGACUGUAUUACGCCCCAAUAUGUUAUCUAGUCAUUUGUUCUUGUUAUUCGCCCUCCUAGGCUCUUCUCUGGCAUCAGAAGUGACGAUUCCAUGGGUAGGGCAAACUAGUGAGGGAAAUGUCUGGGAAGAUUGGCAUGGUGAGCUGGCAGCGAAGAACGACAAUAGUACCACUUAUUACAUCCAGCCAGGUUGUGUCACAGAUACAACUACAACGGGAGCUUGUUAUACUCUUGAUCCUCCGAUUACUUUGAUUGUUGCCCCUACUUCAUAUCAAGUAAUCACGACAAACCCCGACGCAUUUCUCGGAUACCAAAGCUCUUCAUGCACUCUGACGGGAUCGCCGUCCCCAACAAAGGCACAUUGCUUUUGGACCGACCAUGCGGCUUUCCGUGGUUCGACUUUCUCGGAUUCUGCAACGAUAGACUAUCCCGACUCUCUCGGCUUGAACACAAUCUACUCAGUCACCUUGACCUAUGGUACUCCUGUGGCUAAGACUGCGACGGCCACAUCUAUCGAGGUUACGGCUACUGCUGAAUCGACAGGUACAGCAAAUGGUGCUACUACCACUCAGGGCCCAUCUAGUACAACCACUUCCAGUAAUAUUGGAGCCAAGAAUGCCGCACCCAUGAUGGUCCUAGGAGGUGUCCUGGUUGGGGUUGUGUUCUGGGCUUAA